AUGCCCUGCGGGUUGCUAGAGGUUUUGAAAAAAUGUUUUGGCCUACAACGACCCCCGUAUUUUCCGAAGCAGUCAAGGUUCCAAACUGAUGAUGAUCAGAUCGAUGAUGUCCCGACCUUCAAGUGCUACACAGCCAAUACGCACAAGAUGAUGAUGCAAGAGAUUUGCAGGGAUUGCCCGGCGAUUGGCUUGAACACAAUACAUGAGCGGACCUCAGUCCCUGUAGUCUCAAUUGCUCAACUGAACCUCAGUCAGAAGGAGUCAUUCUCUGACUCACACUCGCAAAACGACUACGCAUCCAGACCUCUUUCCAUCGACGUCCAUCUCAAAGCCGAAUAUGAAUUUCUCAGCGCAAUAUACAAAGCCCAGAUGUAUAAAAACGCGUGCAUUGGCGCCGAAGCAACCGCACGACAGCAUUUUGAACAACACCAGGAGUUGCAGUAUCUGAAUCAAAUGCUACACUCUAGAUCCAACGCGGCGAAGAAGAACCUUCUUCGACUGCAGCUGCGAGCACAGGAGGCGGGGUUUACUCAACUUGCGUGUUCGUGUGUUGGCAACCCAAGGCAGACAUGUGGGGAAGAGGGGUGCUCUGUGGAUAUCGGCGAUCAGUUAAAGUCAGAACGUCUAGAUGUUACUCCCGCUACGCACAAUGGUCGUGGGAUUCAUUCUCGGAGUCGUUCAAUUUGA